GUUGUCUAUGACAUGCCUAUGGUCCCUUUUGGUGUCUAUGUUUGUUUUGUUGUUGUCAAAUUUGAGAAAAUGGCCGCGAAACAAAAUUCUCUUGUAAACGAAGAUAAAAUAGGUCAAACAACAUCUGAUGAUAUUCCCCUGACAUCUUUAGAAGAAAGCCUAUUAAGUUUAGAGAAGCUUGACCGGGCAUCUCCGGAAUUAUGGCCCGAACAAAUUCCAGGAGUGUCAGAGUUUGCGCCGCUGCAGAAUCCCAACCAAUCACCACCGUCGUGGAAUAAAGGCUUAACCAAAGAAGACUACACAUAUAUGCAACAAUUAGGCUCCCUCUCAACAAGCAGUCUCAUAAUGGAAGUCAAGAAACUUCAUGAUCUUGCCUAUCAACUAGGAUUGGAAGAAGCCAAAGAAAUGACAAGAGGCAAAUACUUAAACAUAUUUUCUAGGAGAAACCGAUAACACUAUCUUUAAUGACAGUAUUUUACUGAUUAUAGUGUUUUUCAGAUAGCAUGGGUUUGGUGACAGUUUGUUUCACUCUUAAGAGUUUGCCGUGAUUCACGAUAAUAGUACAUAUUAUGAAUGUCCCAUGCUAUCUGAAAAAUACUUUAGAGGUCAUAGGUCAAUAAAGCCAUCUGGCACUCUUAUCUGCUUUCCCUGAUCUAAAGAAUACUUAUAUGUAUAUUAUUAUUAAUAUAUGGAUACUUAUAUGGAUCUUUAUGAUUGUGAAGUUAUUUGCGGAAUAUAUAUUGCACAUAAUUAUGGCACCAUUGGGGUGCCACUGUAAAUCUAUUUUUUUCUCUCUGUGAAAGAAGCCUUCCCAAGAAGUAAAAAAUAUAAUUUUUAGCCAUUUCCUACUAAGGGAAACCAAAAAAGCUAGAUUAUAGUUGACUUGGGCAAAAAAUGUAUUUUUUAGUCAUUUCCUACUGAGGCAAAAGCGAAUAUAGAGAAUUAGUUUCUGGUUUUAAUAUUGAAUAUAGAAGAGGGGGUUUUUGCUUUAAUUUUUUUAGCUUUUAUAGUUUAAACAUGUUAUUAGUGGAUUUCAUGUAUACUCAGAGGCACAAUUAUUCGCCCACUUUAAUAUACUCGCUUCAUAUUAAAGUGGGCGGAUAAUUGUACCUCUUAGUAUAUUUCAACUGUACUGUAACACAACAAUGCAAGAACACAGACAAGCAAUGUACUAGUUUUGAGCUAGAAAUAUUCGUCACGAAAACCUAUUCAAACUCUUACCUAAAAUAUAUUCCACAAAAUAAAUUAUUGUAAACUAUAAAGUCUAGUGUAAAUAUUAGUAAAUAAAAGUCUUUGUUUUAAA